CUGCAAAUACUACUACUGCUACUAUAAAACUACUGUGUGUCAGCGAGGAAGUGAUGUUAAAGAUGAGGGCUGUUAUCACACUGCUGGUGCUGCUGCUCCCCAUGUGUGGAUCUCUGACUCUGGGCACCCAGACUGAUCUUCACACAGAGAGCCAGAGCACUGGGGCUGCUGCUGCUGCUGCUGCUGCUGAAGUCUCUGCCCAGCUGGAUGUCUCUGCUGAGCUCAGAGAACUCAGAGACAUGGUAGUGGAGCAGAGAAUGACUCUGACCUUCACUCCUGAUGAGCAACAGAACACCAAAUAUCUGCUGAACAAAAUAGUGGGUGAAAAUGAUGCAGUGAAACAAAGACUGGUGGCUAGUGAGACUAAAGUGGAGGCUCUGGAAAGGGUGAAUUUAGCACAAGAGGCAGAGAUGACAGCUGUGAAGACUGAUGUGAUGAACCUGAUCAAGGAACAUGCAGCACAAGAUGCAGAACUGACAGCAGUGAAGACCAGACUGGCUGCAAGUGAAACUGAAGUGGUGAAUCUGAGGAAGGAAGCUGCAGCACAGACAGCUGAUCUGAGGUCAGUAACUGAGAGAGUGGCAGUCACCGAGACUGACAUGGAGCACGUGCAGAAAGACACUGCAGCACAACACACAGACCUGACCACUAUGAAGACUGAGGUGGAGAAACUGAAAUUGGAACAAGCAGCACAAGAGGCAGAACUGGUAGUGCUGAAGACAAGGAUGGACACUGGUGAAGCCCAAGUGGAGACCAGACUGUCUGCCAGAGAGACUGAGGUGGAGAAACUCAAAAUCGAACACGCAGCACAAGAGGCAGAGCUGACAGAAGUGAAGACCAGAGUGGCAGUCACUGAGACUGAAGUAGUGAAUCUGGAGAAAGAGAUUACAGAGAAACCCAAGGUAGCAUUCUCAGCAGCUCUGACUGACUCAGGAUACAUAAAGGCUGGGAAUACUGUUUUGAACUUGGUCUUCACUAAAUCCAUCACCAAUGUUGGACAGGCCUACAGCAACAUGACCGGCUUCUUCACAGCUCCAGUAAAAGGAGCCUACUACUUCAGAUUCACAGUGUCAGAUGUACUUUUCUCAACAUACAUGCAUAUCAGUAUGUAUAAGAAUGGAGUGCAGGUCAUGCAGUUGUAUGAGUAUGAAAAUGGGCAAUACAAAUACAACUAUCUCUCCAGUGGUGUGACUCUGCAGCUGGAGGUGGGAGAUGAUGUUAACAUGAGAAUCCCUGCAGGCUCCAGGCUCUAUGAUGAUUCUUAUAACCGCAGCACCUUCAGUGGCUUCCUGCUCUUUACUCUUUGA